AUGUUUCUAAUAAUGUUUUCUCUUCCUCAAAGCUCAAAUCCAAAUGUCCUUGAGUGGACUGUGUUCUUGGGUCACCAACAUAUCAACGGUUCUGACAAGUUUGACAUGUCUCUGGCUGUUGUGAAAAUUAAGUUCAGCGAACUGACAGGCUCUAAUGUUGCUGUGCUGCAACUGGCUAAAAGAGUCAGCUUCAGUGAUAUUGUUCAGCCUGUGUGUUUGGAUGUAAACAAUGACAUAUCCUUCCCUGUUGGGAGUCAAUGCUGGAUGGCAGGCUGGGGGAAAGGAAGUAAGAACAGAGGUGAUUAUAAAGCUGGAUCAGUGCUCCGAGACCUUGAAACUCAAGUAGCAAGUUGUGGCAAUGUUUUGGAUACAGGGAACAUUUGCACAUAUGCCAUGGACCUUCAAGAGGGGGAUCAGGGCAGCCCCCUGCUGUGCAAGUGGGACUCAUCUUGGUUUCACGUGGCCGUCGUUACAAUGAAUGAAAACAAGGUCCGUGCUGAUAUUCAGGUCUUUUCAAAAACAUCAAGAUUUGGGUCGUUCUUAAAGGAGACAGUUGGCGACAUGCCGUCUCCCGCAGUGUUUGCAACAGGAAAUACUCUCGGUUUCACCAAUUCCUUGUUUUUCCCUUUCACUGUCAUUAUUAUCAUCAUGUUCCAGUUGUAA